UUCCAAUUAUGAGUCUUAAAUAUUUGAUAAUUGGAAGAAAAUGAUGUUAAGUGUAGCCUACCAGCUCUCGCCACGUACACAUCUCAAACAUUUAUUUAUUUAACACAAAAUUAAAAAGAAAAAAGGAGGCGAGAAGAGAAAAGAGACAGAAAGAGGAGGAAAUGGCAUCCUCGGUGGUGAAGAACGUCAUGAAAUCGAUCAGAGAGAAGGGUUUCGGUGCCUUCCUCAGAGAGCUCAAAGAUGAAGGCUACCUGAGGUGCCUUCCGGACGGGAAUCUCUUGCAAACCAAGAUUCAUAAUAUUGGUGCAACGCUUGUUGGUGUUGACAAAUUUGGUAACAAGUACUAUGAGAAACUUGAAGACACGCAAUACGGAAGGCACAGGUGGGUUGAAUAUGCAGAGAAGAGUAGAUAUAAUGCUUCACAAGUUCCACCUGAAUGGCAUGGUUGGCUCCACUUCAUAACUGAUCAUACAGGAGAUGAGCUUCUUUUACUGAAACCAAGAAGGUAUGGUGUUGAACACAAAGAAAAUUUGUCAGGAGAGGGUGAACAGUAUAUCUAUCACUCCAAGGGACAUGCACUCAAUCCGGGGCAGAGAGACUGGACAAGCUACCAACCAUGGCAAUCCAAGCCUGAACCAUGAUUACAGUUCAUCUGUGUUGCUUAUGUUCCUGAAUGUUGGAUUUUGAUAUCCUGGAUAAAUGUCUUGCAUUCAUAUUGGAGGGAAAAGAAGUGCUUUUCUCAUGAAAUAAAUUGAAUUAUUAGCCGUGGUAAUUGACUCACUCACUCUGUAAUUCAAAUAUUACUCAUACUUCCACAAAUGUCCAUUUAUUUACGUGUUUAAAGGACAUUAAUUGUUUUAUUUUUGGACGACGGGAUUUCCUCAUGUUCCCAUUCCUGUUUUUUAUUAGGAUUAACAUAUUUUUUUAA